ACAGCAGCGACGGCGGUGGCAGCUGCAUUCCCACUGGCUCUUCGCUGUGGGCUUCACCAUAGAGCCCAGAGCGCCCUCGCCUGCACCCAGGCACCCGGCAGGAAGACGCCCGCCACCCAGGCCCCUUGGCUGCACCGCGCUCACUCAAGGGCAGCACAGGCACCCGGAGCCGAAGGCUACAAUGGGAGGCAAGCUCAGCAAGAAGAAGAAGGGCUACAGUGUGGACGACGACAAGGACAAGAAAGCCGAGGGCACAGAUGCUGAGUCCCAGGAGCCAGAGAAGCCGGACAAGGACAAGGACGCCGAGAAGGACGCCGAGAGCAAGGCUGAGGCCAAUGAGGGUGACUCGGCUACAGCGGCUGCGUCCAAGGAGGAGGCGCCCAAGGCUGAGCCGGAAAAGAGCAGCGAGUGCACCGCUGAGGGGCAAGCGGAGCUUGGGGCCGUGGCAGCUGAGCAGGAGCCCACUGAGCCCGGGUAUGCUGUAGGUGGUGAGGCCUCCAAGGCGGCUGAGGCAGGCACCCCUGAGAGCCGAGAGGAAAGAGAACUCAAAAAGACUGAGGCUCCUGCCACCCAGCAGACUAAAAGUGACUGGGUCCCGGCUUCAGAUUCAAAACCCAGCAGCUCCAAGGCUGCCCCCUCCUCCAAGGAAGCCCCUGCAGCCAUGGAAGGGCCCACUUCCAAGGCCAAAGUCCCCGAAGUGGAGCCCAAGGCCACCGAGGUCCCUGCAGCCAAGCCUUACCAAACCAUAGCGGUGAAAGAGUUACCGGACAGCCUGGAAACACCACUGAGAAACAAUCUCUCUCUCUCUCUCUCUCUCUCUCUCUCUCUCUCUCUCUCUCUCUCUCUG